GCUGCUGCUGCUGCCUGCCUGCCUGCAGCGCUCCUUUGCUCUCGGACGGAGGAGCACAUUGUUUGUGGUGGUCUGAGACACAGCAGCGACCACAGCCAGCUCCACAUUCAGACUAUCGACCAGAGCCGAGCGGGCUGCCUGCUUUAGUGCUGUUUUCGGCUCUGUACGACCGAACGGCGGGGUGUUUCUCUGUCUGUCUGUCUGUCUGCGGUUAGAACACCUUCCUGCGCUGAAAUUUCACCGAAACAUUAGCCCGAGUAAUCAAGUGGACCGAAAUCUCUCCGCGGGAACAUCGGAGCGCUGCUUGUUGGCUGAGCAGCUGAAGAGGAGCAGAAAGGAUGACUGAGUAUAAGCUGGUGGUGGUGGGUGCUGGAGGCGUGGGCAAGAGUGCUCUCACCAUCCAACUGAUCCAGAACCACUUCGUGGAUGAAUAUGACCCUACCAUAGAGGACUCGUACAGGAAGCAGGUGGUGAUUGAUGGAGAGACGUGCCUGCUGGACAUCCUGGACACAGCAGGUCAGGAGGAGUACAGCGCUAUGAGGGACCAGUACAUGAGGACAGGAGAGGGUUUCCUCUGUGUCUUUGCCAUCAAUAACACCAAGUCUUUUGAGGACAUUCACCAGUACAGGGAACAGAUCAAACGGGUAAAGGACUCGGACGAUGUGCCAAUGGUGCUUGUGGGUAAUAAAUGUGAUCUCCCAGCUCGCACAGUGGACACGCGGCAAGCGCAGGAGCUAGCACGCAGCUACGGCAUCCCAUACAUCGAGACUUCAGCCAAGACCAGACAAGGCGUGGAGGAUGCCUUCUACACACUAGUACGAGAGAUCCGACAGCACAAGCUAAGGAAACUCAAUCCUCCAGAUGAAAGCGGACAGGACUGUAUGAGCUGUCGCUGUGUGGUAUCGUGAUUUAAGGCGACCUUUCAAAGUUGAGACGUGGACCUAUGGAUCCACAAGGCAGAGUGGACCACAGAAGGAGGAAUAAAGACGCAAAUCACAGCUCGAGAGCAAAACAAAAGGCAAACAAAGGCGCUACACUGACUGCAAAAUGAAAAUUUUGGUGGAGGAAGCUGCCUUGCUGUGACUACGGUGACCCCCUCUGGCUGUCCACAUCUGCCUGACAAAACACCACUAAUGACUUGUAUUGGUUUUCAUAUUCUUUAACUCCAGUGUGCUAAUACUGGGCAGCUCUGUGGAUUUCAUCUAAUUUAUUAUUCUCAUAAGUCUCAACACUGGCUUUUACGUGGACAUCAGGCCUUUCGUGACCGUUAUCACAAAACAAAGCUCAGAUUCUAAAGACUGGACACUAGUGACCUCAUCCCAGGCACCCUGCACCCCUCUGUUCCUGUCUGAGGAAAGCAUACAGGUCUACAGAUGAGAGUGCUCGCUGCUGACUGCAGAGAGAAAGGAAAGACAUCCCACACAGGAGUCACUGUUCUCUUGACAGUUAGCCAUAUUUGUUUUGCUUAACAUGUCUUUGUUUUAACAUGUAACUUUUGUGAAUUGGGAGUUUGUGGCGAUAACCAUGGGGACUGUGCUCUGCUGCAGCACUAAUUACUGUAUGUGUGGCUGUUUAUGUGUACAUAUUUUAUAAGAGAAACUGAUUAUGGAAGUGCUGAACAGACCGACUGGUAUUCUGGUUGUUCUGAUUAUUGGAUUCCAAUAAAAUUUGUUUUGAAGUCC